AUGUGUUGGGGAUGGCAGUGCUUGAUAUAUGUAGGUGUUGGUGUUUCUGCAGAAAAUUUAUUCAAAAAGCCACAAAAUUCUUUUAAUUAUUCUUUAUAUUAUUUUGAAGUUAAUAUUUACUAUUAUGCAAAAUCUGGUGAAAUAUGUAACGAAAAAAAUGAACAUUUUAAGCUUUCAACAUUCUCUUGGAAUAAUAACGAUAUUUUUGGCUGUGGAUUAGUUCAUCCUCCAACUAGUAAAUUAAAUGAGGAAUUUCCUUACGUUUUCUUUACUCAAAAUGGAAAAUUAAUUGGUAAGGGUGUAUUAUUAAAAGACAAUUUUGACAUGUAUAACCCAGUUGUUAGGCUGUAUCGUUGUUCUGUUGAAGCUAAUUUUGGAAUUGAUUUGGAGACGAAACCAUUUGAAUAUGAUAUUUCAAAACAUUUAAAUAAAGAAUUUUAUUGA